AUGUACGACUACGACCCCCACGCCGUCCACGCCCCUGGCGACCAACACAUCAAACAUGUCCCUCUGACCUCCCUCUCAAAAUUAUCCCCCUACUCCGCCCUCACCCUCUCCAUCGUCCUUGUCAUCCUCUUCCUCCUAAAACAAUACAUCAUCGAAGCCUUCCUACUCAAACGCCUCUACGGCUCCAGAUACACACAGCUGAAUGAGGUCAACCGAAGGGGCUUUGUGAACCAUCAUAUCGCUGGGGCGACGAAGUUGAUGAUAUUGGUGGCGGCGGUGUAUCCGUUCAUCAAUGUCGCGUUCCGGUAUGCGGUGCUGAAUGAUCCGUACGCGAGGGGGAGUCGCGUCACGUUGGGGGAUGUAUUGGUCGUUUGUACGCAGGUUCUGGUGGGCAUGUAUAUUUUCGAGUUGAUCUAUCGGGUUAAGAUUAGUCAUAUCAGCGCUAUGCAUCAUAUCGGGACCAUCAUGGUGGCGCAGGCAGCCAUUGCUAUCAGUCUGGAUUUGACGAGGGAGAAAGAUGCCAGUAUCGAGUUUAUUCUGUGUACCGUGUGGGGUAAGCCUCCAACGACUACCUCUGGCCCUCAACCUCGCCAUCGUCCCCCCUCCCCGAGAAAAGGUCCGCCUACGCCGUACAUUCCACUCGAGCUAACAUCAAAACCAGGCGCCUUCGACAUCGUCUGCGAACUCCUCCCCCACAUCGCCAUCAUCCUCUACCGCCUCCACCCCAGCAGCCCCCUCUUCCUCUCCCGCCUCUUCGCCUUCGCCUCCGCCACCACCCUCUUCGGCACCCUGGCCGAAACCCUCGUCAUCUUCUACCUCUUCGGCUCCCUCUGGCCCCAGUGGCAGCUCGCCUUCAAGAUCGUCACGCCCAUCCUGCACUGCGCCUUCAGCGCGACCCAGUUGCACGGCAGUCACAUCUUCUACCGCAUGUGGAAGCGACAGGUGGGGAUCUUGGAAGGGGAUGUAGAGGGUCUGGAGGCCGGUGCGGCAGGGGUAGGGGGUCUGGAGGUCAGGGCGGAGGAUAGUUGCGCUACGUUGACGGAUGAGCAUGCGAGGCGGAGUGUACUUCUGCCUCCUGAGGGCAAGACGACCGGAUAG